AUGAUACAUGAACUGAAUAGGUACUAUUCGUCAUCCGAGUUCUCCGACCUGAUUGUUCAUACCAGCGACCAAGAUUUCAAAGUCCAUCGGCUUGUUGUCUGCGGACAGUCUGGAUACUUCUCUCGAUUAGAUCAGGGCGACUGGCCUGAAGCAGUCGAGAACGAAACAUGCCUCAGAGAAGACGAUCUCCGCGCGAUAGAAGCGAUGUUCCAAUAUACGUAUGGAGUCGAGCACGAUAACAGCAGCAGCGAUCAGGAUCGUAAGUCGCCCAUGCUAUUGAAUGUCAAGGUGUAUCAAGUCGCAAAUAAAUAUGAUGUUCCUCAGUUGAAGGAGCACGCCAAAGAGAAAUCCCAGUCUAUCGUGGAAAUAUCAUGGAAGAUGGAUAACUUUCCGCUUGCUAUCGAAGAAAGCAUACGAGCGUACCACGAAGGAGGGCAGCAGUCUCCGAGACAUUCUUGUGAAGACUUCUCAAACCCAGAUCAAGGAACUAGAAGAUAA